UGAAAGUGCAUUUUGUUGGCGCUACAUUCUGCCUACACGUUGCUUUAGGAUGGCAGGCAAUGCUUUGAAAAGACUCAUGGCAGAGUACAAACAAUUAACAGUCAAUCCACCAGAGGGGAUUGUUGCUGGACCAGUGGAUGAAAGGAAUUUUUUUGAGUGGGAAGCAUUAAUUGCUGGACCAGAGGGUACUCCAUUUGAAGGUGGUGUUUUUGCUGUACGUUUGAACUUCCCAUCAGAUUACCCUUUGUCUCCACCAAAAAUGCAAUUUCUAACUGAAGUGUUCCAUCCAAAUAUCUAUCCAGAUGGACGCGUGUGCAUUUCCAUACUUCAUGCUCCUGGUGAUGAUCCAAUGGGUUAUGAAAGUUCCGUUGAACGUUGGAGUCCAGUUCAAUCAGUCGAAAAAAUUUUAUUAUCUGUUGUUAGUAUGCUUGCAGGCUACUUUUUAUUGGCUUACCAUAUCACCUUUCCCUCCUGAAACAUAAAUCAUUGGAUUUAAUUGAAGGCGUUGAAGUAAAUGUCGUCCUGAUAAUCUUCUUGGGGUCUGGAUAUCAAUUCUUCUGCGCUGAUCUUGCCGCUCCAGACCAACCGUAUCAAUUAAAUAAUCCAGUCACAAGUUCGAGCAAGGGGAUUAUUUUUCGGAUUUAAUCGUCUAUCUCGGAUGUGGUUUACAUAUUGCGUACAUCACGUCACCGACUCGUCUUACGAUGACACUGGCUAUCCACGUAGGUCCCCAUUGUUGAAAGUUCCUUAUGUACACUGGUAACACAUUACGAGACUGACGUUCAAUUCUCUUCACCGUGGAUCUAUAAUCUGGUCUUCUUUUUUGUGGGUACAUGAUAUCAAAUUAAUUCCGAAUCUUCCUUCCGAACAUUGACUCAACAGGAGAAAAACCUUAGGUGAGGCCGGAUUGAGGGUUAUUGAUGGCGAUUCUCUCGGUCGUACCAUUCUAGUGAACAGUACACGGGUGGGGACAAUCGGAUGUAUUUAACACAAAAUUACAGAGCAUCUCAAUAUAAUCUGAGAAACAUAUAUUAAGUCGUUGAUUUGCAAAAUGUCCACCAAUUGUUUCAAAAUGCUUCAGACUUCAUUGUCCUUGCAUUUUCAUACAAAUUGCAUUUUAUUCCCGCUCUUGCUUUCUUGAUUUUUCCCCAUCUUCUGCUGCCAGACAUUACAUUCCUGACUCGCAUAAUAUACUACUUAUAUCAAUAUAAGUAGCACUCACUACACCAUCACCUUGUAAUCAUUCUGAAUAUCAUAAGGAAAUUUCUGUCACCAUUUGUGCAUCAUAUGAGGAGAUGAAGAUAUUUGGUUGCAAAUAAUGUUAGAUGACCUGUCGAACAUCUUUAAAAAUGGAUUACAAAUAAGAUUAAAUGGGUGAUCGAACAUUUUUAAUUAUGUGAUCUGGUCAAGACCCAAUAGAUUGAAGUGUUCAUCACUUACAUAGCAUAUGGAUUUGAUUAUUAGAUCAUUAGAUUUGACAGUACAUUUGAUAAUUCCAGAGAUGUGAAUUGAAAUACCCGAUACAUUCUUUAUGCAGCAAGUAGUGAGAUGAAUGCUUGGCCGACCAAGUUUGUGCCAAGUUUUUCGAGAAAUCAAAGUAAUAUCGGAUGCAGUGUCCAACUGCAGAGUGGUAAUAUGAUCAUUAACAUCAAUGGAUAUAUACUUGCGUAAUCGUUGAGGGUUAGAUUUAGUCAAAACAGGUUUCUUGAAAAUUCGGUUAGAUCAAAAAGAAAUAAAAGUUUGUGAACCCCUUGUUACUACAUUCGCAGUUGAUUACUGACUAGAUUAGGUAAUUGAGUUAUUGCGGCACUGCUGUUCAACUUUUCAUUAUUAUGAAACCUAAGACAAGGUUAUUGAUAAUAAAGAUUUUCUUCGUUUAAUUGAAGAUGACAACGCUGAUUUCCAAGGCUUAAAGAAUGAUGAUAACAAUUUCAAGUUACUUUUAGUAUCUUGAGCUCGAAUUUACAUUGCAAUUUUCAUUAGUUACAAAUCAGUUUCAUAUGAACUAAUGGAUUUUCGCACCUAACGAUUAUCAGUUCGCUAUGCAAUUUUCCAGUAAUUACCGUAACUGGUUUUCCAAGUACAGGUUUAUGAGUUCAGCUUUAAGACACUAUUCAUUUUAGUAUAUGAGGUAGUGAUGCUGCUCGAUGCGGUUCAGACCUAUGACCCAACAAUGGCAAGUUAUUUUUCUCGUCUUCAUCGUUCAAGGACGCGCGUUUUGACUAACAGACCAAAGGUUCGAACUCUUUACUUGGGUUAGUCCAAGCACUUAAAUUAUGUCACUAGCCUCAUCACCUUUGUAAAGAGUAUACUUAGUAAAUAAUUCACAUCAUAACUUGGCUAAAAACGAUCCUCAUUCUUCGUUUUUUUUCUAAAAUUAAUUAUUACUUUUUAGAACCGAAUGAUGAGAGUGCGGCUAAUGUGGAUGCAGCAAAAACAUGGCGUGAAGAUAAAGCGCGUUUCAAUAGUCUAGCACUUCGAAGUGUACGUAUUAGUUUGGGUAUUUCGGCGGAAUAAGAUAUUAUCAGAAAAUAGAAGGAAAACAACAAUGAAACAAUAGAAACUAAGCGUGUCUUUCGACUUUUAAAAAAAAAUUUAUCUUUCAUUUUGUUAUGUAGUUCCUUCAAAACAAUUCCUAUUGUGUUAUUAUCACUUCAUUUUUUAUUGUUGUUGUUAUUAGUAUCUUUUUGUUUUCUGAUCGAGUCAAUCAUGAACGAUCUUAUGACUUUUAUGAUUUUGCUUUAAUAACUGUUUAUUGUGUAAGCUCCUUCUUUAGAGAAUGAAAAAUAAUACGAAGUUGACUAUUUUUGGUGUGAUCGAAAUUAAGAUUUGCCUGAUGAUGUUAAUGACAUGACAAUUUGGCCGAAAUGGUUUUUUGUCUGAGACUUAUUUGUAUCUGUUGUUGGGUUUGUCAAAUGCAAUUAUUAUAAUCUGGAAGAAUGAUGUGAAAGAUAUUUGUAUGUUUGUUAGUUGUAUGAGAUGUGAACAGGAUGAAAUAUGUAUGGACAUUGUGUAAAUGGUCCAUAUCAAGCAGAUCAUUAAACCUUCCUUUCUAUCAAGUGCUGUAAGUUUUAGCAAUACAAAAACCAGCCACUGGUUUUUUUGUAUAAACGGAAAAUCAUAUUCGGAUUAAUUUGGCAUAAAUAAGGAUUUUAUGGUUGAUAAAAGGGCAUUUACUGCUAUUG